CUGGACAGAAGCUUUACUAUCAACGCUGCAGAGAGCUUCCCGCUUACCAAGCGCCGCUAGUCUGAUACGAAAGAAAGGCAGCACCGUCUACGGCCAACUCGUCGGCCACUCUCCGGAUGUCUGCUAAAGUGCGCAGGCUGGGCAAUUCUCUGAAGGUCCAAUCUUCCUUACCUUUCUUCAGACACUCUCAUAUUUGCUAUUCUAAGACCCUAAACCCUUAUUUCCUACUACAACACCACUCCCAUUCUUCCAAUUCUCAUACAACUUUUGAUUAUUUCUAUCAGUUUUCCCCUUUUUACCCCUCUACUCCCAAUCCUAACCAUCAUUUGAGCUCUUUAAAUUCCAAUGAGCGACGUCUAUUAGUUGUUGGAUUAGGUACACUUAUAAAGCUCGGACAAACUUACCUUUUAAAGGGGUUUUCCCAUAAUUUUUGUCCUUCAUUCUUGGUUAACAUCAUGCGGCUGUUGGAUAACCGUCAAACCGCAUUUGCAUUUUUCAAAUUCGUUUUUCAUAUUCACUCUGACGCCUCAGUUCACUCUUACUGCUCUGCCGCCCAUCUCUUGGCUGCUGAAGAUCUCCAGUUACUCGCACAAGAUGUUAUUUCUUGGGUUAUUCAGAGACUUGGGGCUAGCUGGAGUACACAGUUGGUGGAGAUUAUGUGGGCUAAUCACCACAGAUAUGAGUCUGACUUCUCUGUUCUUAAUACUCUCAUGCGAGGCUUUAUGAAUGCUGGAAUGCCUCAGGAGGCAUUGGAGAUUGUGGUUAGGAUGAGGGACGUCGGUGUCAGGCCAAGUUCAUCAGCUAUUUCAAUUCUUUUCAGGCUGCUUCUCAGAGUGGGUGAUUAUGGUAGCGUUUGGAAGUUACUAAGGGGCAUGAUUCGUGAAGGUCCUCUCCCCUGUAAUCAUAAUUUCAACAUCAUGAUUCUUUGUUUUUGUCAGAAAGGCUAUCUUCAAGUUGGUGAGAGUUUGUUAUUUGUUAUGCAAAAGUUUAGGUGUCAACCUGAUGUUUAUGCGUAUAACAUUUUAAUAAAUGCAUAUCGAACAAGGGGCAGGACUUCCGAUGCUCUUGGGUUGUUGCAUUUGAUGAUUAAAAAUGGAUGUAAACCUAGCUCAAUUACAUUCAGCACUAUUAUAACUGCGUUUUGCAAUGAGGGAAAUGUGAUGGAAGCACGUAAACUUUUUGAUGGAAUCCAAGAGGUGGGUCUUUCUCCCAAUGUUUCUAUGUAUAACACUUUGAUGAACGGAUAUUUUAAGGCAAGGAAUGCUUGCCAGGCAAAUAUGUUAUACGAAGAAAUGAGAAACAAGGGUAUAUCUCCUGAUGGUGCAACUUUUAAUAUUUUGGUCGCAGGGAAUCAAAAGUAUGGUAGAGAAGAGGAUAGCAAGAGGUUGUUCAGGCACUUAUCAGGUUUGAAUCCAGAUUGUUCAUUAUAUGAUAUAUCUGUUGCAGGGCUGUGUUGGGCAGGUAAGUUGGAUGAGGCCAUGGAAUGUUUAGAGGAUUUGCUUGAAAAAGGAAUACCUCUAAGUGUAAUUGCGUUUAAUUCCGUAAUUUCAGCUUAUAGCAUGGCAGGGUUUGAAGAGAAUGCCCAUAAAGCAUAUAAAGUCAUGGCUAUGUUUGAUGUCCUUCCAUCAUCUUCCACAUGCAGUUCUCUGCUUUUGGGUUUAUCUAAGAAGGGAAGACUGCAAGAAGCAAGGAACCUCUUGUAUAAGAUGCUAGAGAAAGAUUUCCCCAUCAACAAAGUUGCUUAUACAGUGCUUUUAGAUGGAUAUUUCAAGGUAGGGGAUACAGCUGGGGCUCACAGUCUGUGGCAUGAGAUGGAAGCAAGGGGGAUGUAUCCUGAUGCCGUCGCCUUCUCAGCAUUUAUUGAUGGCCUUUCCAAAGCUGGCUUGGUGGAGGAGGGAUAUGAAGUAUUUUUGGAAAUGUUAAGGAAAGGUUUUGUGCCUAACAACUUUAUAUAUAACUCAUUGAUCCAAGGAUUUUGCAAUUGUGGCAAGCUCGAUGAAGCAUUAAAGCUGGAGAACAAGAUGAGGCAAAAUGGUCUGCUUCCUGAUACUUUUACUAUGAACAUCAUCAUUAAUGGAUUCUGUAAAGAGGGCAGAAUGAGGUCUGCACACGAUACUUUUGUAGACAUGCGUCGUAUUGGGUUGACCCCAGAUGUCAUUACCUAUAACACAUUGAUUGGUGGCUAUUGUAAAGUGUCAGACAUGGUUAGUGCAGAUGACUUCGUGAACAGAAUGUGUGCGACUGGGUGGGACCCUGAUAUUACCACCUACAAUAUACGUAUUCAUGGAUCCUGCAUUAGUCGAAAAAUGAGUCAAGCUGUGAUGAUGCUGGAUGAGCUUAUGGCAGUUGGCAUUGUUCCAGACACUGUAACAUACAAUAUUUUGAUGAAUGCUGUAUGUACUGACAUAUUAGACCGUGCUAUGAUUUUAACGGCAAAAUUGCUAAAGAUGGCUUUUGUUCCAAACGUCGUUACUACCAAUGUUCUGCUGUCUCACUUUUGCAAGCAAGGGAUGCCUGAGAAGACCUUAAUUUGGAGUCAGAAGUUAAGUGAUAUUUCCUUUAAUUUUGAUGAGAUUUCUAAUAAAAUUAUGGAUAAAGCCUACCUUAAGAUACAUAACAAUGCUAAACAAUUAAGUGCAGCAUCUGAAAAGUGCCUUUUCAUGGAUUUUCUUAUGUACAAUAUAUACGACUAUUUUAGAAGGACCCUGGAUAACAAACGUAAGGAUCCAGUUGAACAGACUGAAAAAUGGUUAUAGAAUAUUUGGGGAAACUUGAGCGAUAUCUAAUGGGAGAGAUAAAACUUGGUGUUUGUGUUGCCCAAAUCAGCCGUGAAAUUUGAGCGAUAUCUGAUGGCAGAGGUGAUUAAAGUUUCAAUCUUGUCUGCAUGAAGGGAUGUUGACUUCAAAGGCAUAACACCUCUACUUUUUCCUUAAUUUAGGUACUGACUGUUGGUUCUGAGGUUGGGGAAGUUGAGGCUGGAAAGAAGGUUGCUUUAGGAACAGAUGCCAGGCACUGCUUUUGCAAAGCUGGUGAUUUGAUGGCUGUGGUUGAGUAAAUUUCAGCAUUUUGGCAGGAAUUGUUCAGGGC